AUGAUGAAUAAUCUUCAGUUUCGUGGCCUUCUGUUGAGACUGCAAGAACGUCUUAGUGAUAACGAUCGAAAACGUUUACAUUUCUUCUUUGGUAACGAUAUUCCACGAUCAAUUCGUGAUGAUCCAACACUAAGUGGUACUCUAAGUCUAUUGGAAUCAUUAUUGGAUCAAGAAAAAAUUAACGAACAAGAUUACACUUAUCUGAUCAAAGCAUUUGAUGAAAUUCGAUGUAUCGAUGCAGCAAAUCUAUUACGAAAACAUAUGAAACAAAUGCAAUCAAAUGGUCAAAAUAAAUUAAGUCAAAAUCUUGCGUCGAUCAUGCCGACUAUAGUAGAUCAAUAUCUUCAAGGUCAAGAAGAAGAAGAUAAAUAUAAUGUGCAAUGUCAUCUUGUUAAUCAAACAAUCAACAGUACCGAGAACAAUAAAUUGAUCGAUAAUCAAAAUACAAAUAUCAAUCCCGUUACAGUUAUUGUCAACCCUCCAACUAGAUCGUUUUCAAUAUCACGACGAAAAAAACGGCUAAUUUCAUCAUCAACAAUAAGGAAAUGUUCUCUUUUGCUCAUCAUGCUCACAACUAUUGCAUUUGGUAUUAUGACCGGAGUUUAUAUUAAUGCAAUUCAUUACAAUGGUCAAUUAACAAAGGAACUCGAGUUAAAGAAUAAGAGAAUUAUCGAAGAGCAAGCAAUCAAUAAUCAAACCAUUGGACGAUUAAAUGAAGAAUUGAAAGAGUUCAAGAUAGACCAAGGCACGGCAUUGAUCAGAGCCGGUUUCAAGUUUGGUGGUGUAGGAGGCAGUCAUUUCGACGAUUCAUUAACUCCGAAUUUUACCUGUUCUCAUUAUCUGAGCGGAAUAAUUUUUCAAAAUGAUCCUGUUCCUCUCAACUGGAUUCAAUUUCUCUAUUCAUCUCUGCUUGAUCCGCAAAAUGUUAUUGAAGCUAAAUUGCAUGGUACUCGUUAUAAAACUGAUAGUGUCCAACAAUUUCUUCUUGAUAAAGAUGAAAAGAUCUCCAAGAUUCAAAUGAAAAUUGAUAAUAUUACACUUUACAUAAACAAAAUUCAACAUUCUGUACCUAUAAUCCGAGGCCUACGCGUGUUUACAACAAAAGGUCGAGUGAGUCAAUCGAUCGAUCGUGUAAAUGGUCAAUCAGCAACGGAAUCUUUUGAUGGAUACGCCGUGGGCUAUGUUACUGGAAAAGAUGGAUUAUUAAUUGAUCAACUACAAUUUUAUUGGUAUCGCAUAACAUCUGGAUAG